CCCAGGAGUCUUGUCUGUCACCACACCCACAGCAGAGAGGAGCCUCACGGUUUGCACUCCCUGACGCAGAUAAAAGCUCAGCACUCGGUCCUUAACUAAUCGUUUUUAUUACAGUCUGAGAAGUGCGCACAUCUGGACACGUUUGGUUAAAACUGCUGCCAGCCUCUUUUCACCUGGACUAUGAGGAAUACACAGCUCUCCCUGCUCCUGUCAUUCAUCUAUGUUGCUUUGCUCUGGCCCCCUGCACAGACCAAAAGCACCACGGCCCCAGUGUCCACAGGAAACGUCACUGCUGCAGGUGAUGACCCAGAGCGAGGAGAAGAGCGCCCCCAUGUGGAGAAGAGGUCCAUACUGAGCUGCGACUCAUCAUUUGAUAACUACUGUCUCAACAAUGGCCAGUGCCUCUUUUUGGUGGACUUAAACGAGAAUCACUGCAAGUGUGAGCUGGGUUACCUGGGCACUCGGUGUGAGCACACACAGCUGGUGGUGCAGCCCAUGAAGGAGGAAGAGGUGGCCCUCAUCAUCGUCUGCGUUGUUCUGCUGAUUUUAGGCCUCACUGGAGCCCUCUAUUUCUUCUGCAAAUGGUACCGGAGAAAGCACCUUCCUCAGCAGCAGAAGCGUCUGAGAUACACGGCUGUGCAGACGGCUUAAAACUACAGAGACCAUUUCAGCCUAAAUACACCACUAUUUCAGUUAGUUUGACU